AUGGGGACCAAGAUGGCAAACCUCGAUUCCGCUCAGAAGCUGUUAGGGGUGCCUCCGCCGCCUGACGGCGUGGGAGGAGGCAGCUGUUCGGGAAUCUCCACUGAGCUCAUUCGCUCCCUGACCGAGCUGCAGGAGCUGGAAGCUGUGUAUCAACGGCUCUGCGGCGAGGAGAAAGUGGUGGAGAGAGAGCUGGAUGCUCUUUUAGAGCAGCAAAACACCAUUGAAAGUAAAAUGGUCACUCUCCACCGGAUGGGUCCCAACCUGCAGUUGAUUGAAGGAGAUGCAAAACAGCUAGCUGGAAUGAUCACCUUUACCUGCAGCCUAGCUGAGAAUGUGUCCAGCAAAGUCCGUCAGCUUGACCUGGCCAAGAAUCGCCUCUAUCAGGCCAUUCAGAGAGCUGAUGACAUCUUGGACCUGAAGUUCUGCAUGGAUGGAGUUCAGACUGCUUUGAGAAAUGAAGAUUAUGAGCAGGCUGCAGCCCACAUUCAUCGCUACUUGUGCUUGGACAAGUCAGUCAUCGAGCUCAGCCGACAGGGCAAAGAAGGCAGCGUGAUUGAUGCCAACCUGAAAUUGCUGCAGGAAGCUGAGCAGCGUCUCAAAGCCAUUGUCACAGAGAAGUUUGCCAUUGCCACUAAGGAAGGGGAUCUGCCCCAGGUGGAGCGCUUCUUCAAGAUCUUCCCACUGCUGGGUUUGCAUGAGGAGGGACUAAGCAAGUUCUCAGAAUACCUUUGCAAGCAGGUGGCCAGUAAAGCUGAGGAGAAUCUACUGUUGGUUCUAGGGACAGACAUGAGUGAUCGAAGAGCUGCAGUCAUCUUUGCAGAUACACUCACUCUUCUGUUUGAAGGGAUUGCCCGAAUUGUAGAGACCCAUCAGCCAAUAGUGGAAACCUAUUAUGGCCCAGGGAGACUUUAUACCCUGAUAAAAUAUCUGCAGGUGGAAUGUGACAGACAGGUGGAGAAGGUGGUAGACAAGUUCAUCAAGCAGAGGGACUACCACCAGCAGUUCCGGCGUGUCCAGAACAACUUGAUGAGAAACUCUGCAUCCGAAAAAAUAGAACCAAGGGAACUGGAUCCUAUCCUGACUGAGGUCACCCUGAUGAAUGCCCGCAGUGAGCUGUACUUACGCUUCCUCAGGAAAAGAAUCAGCUCAGAUUUUGAGGUGGGGGACUCCAUGGCCUCAGAAGAAGUAAAACAAGAGCACCAGAAGUCCCUGGACAAACUCCUCAAUAACUGCCUACUGAGCUGCACCAUGCAGGAGCUAAUUGGUCUGUAUAUUACCAUGGAGGAAUACUUCAUGAGGGAGACUGUCAACAAGGCUGUGGCUCUGGACACCUAUGAGAAGGGCCAGUUGACAUCCAGCAUGGUGGAUGAUGUCUUCUACAUUGUUAAGAAGUGCAUUGGGCGGGCUCUGUCUAGCUCCAGCAUCGAUUGUCUCUGUGCCAUGAUCAACCUCGCCACCACAGAGCUGGAGUCUGACUUCAGGGACGUUCUGUGUAACAAGCUGCGGAUGGGCUUCCCUGCCACCACCUUUCAGGACAUCCAGCGUGGGGUGACAAGUGCCGUGAACAUCAUGCACAGCAGCCUCCAGCAGGGCAAAUUUGACACUAAAGGCAUCGAGAGCACUGACGAGGCCAAGCUGUCCUUCCUGGUGACCCUGAACAAUGUGGAAGUCUGCAGUGAAAACAUCUCCACUUUGAAGAAGACACUGGAGAGUGACUGCACCAAGCUGUUCAGCCAAGGCAUUGGAGGGGAGCAGGCCCAGGCCAAGUUUGACAGCUGCCUUUCUGACUUGGUUGCCGUGUCCAACAAAUUCCGAGACCUCUUGCAGGAAGGGCUGAUGGAGCUAAACAGCACAGCCAUCAAGCCGCAGGUGCAGCCUUGGAUCAACACCUUUCUCUCUGUUUCCCACAACAUCGAGGAGGAAGAAUUCAAUGACUAUGAGGCCAAUGACCCUUGGGUACAACAGUUCAUCCUUAAUCUGGAGCAGCAAAUGGCAGAGUUCAAGGCCAGCCUGUCUCCAGUCAUCUACGACAGCCUGACCAGCCUCAUGACCAGCCUUGUCGCAGUCGAGUUGGAGAAAGUGGUGCUGAAGUCCACCUUCAACCGGCUGGGCGGUCUGCAGUUUGACAAGGAACUGAGGUCGCUCAUUGCCUACCUCACCACAGUGACCACCUGGACCAUCCGAGACAAGUUUGCCCGGCUCUCCCAGAUGGCCACAGUCCUCAAUCUGGAGCGGGUGACCGAGAUCCUAGAUUACUGGGGCGCCAACUCUGGCCCACUGACGUGGCGCCUCACUCCUGCUGAAGUACGCCAGGUGCUGGCUCUGCGCAUAGACUUCCGCAGCGAGGACAUCAAGAGGCUGCGCCUGUAGCUGCCAGGGUGACCCCACCUGGCCCAUCAUGCUUUGGGGCCCAUUCCCUAAGUGGCCACAGCCCAGACUGGUCCACUGCUGGCAGCAAGGAAACAAGGCCCCGACGCAGUCCACUCUCUGUUCUCAGACCUGUCAGGGUGCUUUGGGGGACAGUCUCUCCCCACCAAGUGAGGUAGGUCCCCCUUGGCUCCUAAUUAGGUGGGGAAGACAGGGCAGGCCAGUCUCCUGCACGGGUGGUCAUUCUCUCGUCCUUGGACACUGCAGCAAAUGGGCUGCCUCCCUGCCAGUCUUAAAGGACUUGGGUUUAUCUAGGGACCUAAGGAAUUAGGUUUAUUCCGAGGAGAGGCUGUGAUGUUUGUGAUCACCCUAAAUAAAGAUACUCCUUGAAGAGAUGCCAGUGUGCUGUUUCCAGGAAGGGCUGGAUGCUACAGAGCAAGACAGGUCCAUCAGUUUGCACUGCAGUGUGAAGGCAAAAGCCUAAAUCCUCAGCCUCCUCCCACACCCAGAGGCACAUGGCCACCACCAGGACCCACAUGAUAACAGGUGCCUCAUCCAAUCCCGGACCCUCAUCCCAUCUCUGGGGCCCUCAGCACCAGAAGUCGGA